UUCCACGAUCAGAAGAGGAGAAGUGAAAGCUGAAGGAGACUGACCUCAGAUCAGAAGAUAAGUGUUCGUGUGGAGGAAGAGGAGGACAGAGCCGAGUCUUCAGCAUCCAGCUGUCUGUCUAUAAAAAGUGACCGGUCCAAAGGUCAACCUCCAGCCUUCAGCCAUGAACCUGGACCCUCAGACACAAAUGACUGGUGAUCUUCAGGAGGUUUUAGAUGAAUAUAAGAUCAGUCUGAGGAGGAGAUGUGAAUGUGUGACUGAAGGAAGUGAUGAAACAGGAAGUGGAAACCCCCUCAACAGGAUCUACACUGAGCUCUACAUCACAGACAGACAGAGUGAAGAGGUGAAUACCCAACAUGAGGUUUGGCAGCUUGAGACAACUUCCAAGAUGAAGACCCUCCAUGAGACUCCAGUCAAGUGCCAGGACAUCUUUAAAGCCUUACCUGACCAGCAGAGACACGUCAGAGUCGUUCUGACGAACGGCGUCGCUGGCGUUGGAAAAACUUUCUCAGUGCAGAGGUUCAGUCUGGACUGGGCAGAGGGCUUGGAAAACCAAGACAUCAGCCUGGUGAUUCUGCUCUCGUUCAGGGAGCUGAACUUGAUCAAAGAUGAGCAGUACAGUCUGCUGACGCUGCUCCAUGUUUUCCAUCCAACAUUACAGAAGGUGACAGCAGAGAAGCUCGCUGUCUGUAAGCUUUUGUUCAUCUUUGACGGCCUGGAUGAAAGCAGACUUUCACUGGAUUUCCACAACAAUGAGGUUUUGUCUGAUGUCUCACAGAAGUCAUCAGUCAACGUGCUAUUGACAAACCUCAUCAAGGGGAAUCUGCUUCCCUCGGCUCUCGUCUGGAUAACUUCCAGACCUGCGGCAGCCAAUCAGAUCCCUCCUACAUGUGUUGACAGGGUAACAGAAGUACGAGGCUUCACCGAUGCCCAGAAGGAGGAGUACUUCAGGAGGAGAUUCAGUGAUGACGAUCUGUCCAGCAGAGUCAUCUCACACAUCAAGACCUCCAGGAGCCUCCACAUCAUGUGUCAAAUCCCAGUCUUCUGCUGGAUCACUGCUACAGUUCUGGAUCACAUGUUGACUACAGACCAGAGAGGAGAGCUGCCCAAGACCCUGACUGACAUGUACUCCCACUUCCUGCUGGUUCAGACAAAGAGGAAGAAGCAGAAGUAUGAUGAGGGACAUGAGACUCGUCCACAGGAGCUGAUGGAGGCUGACAGGGAAGUUCUUCUGAAGCUGGGGAGGCUGGCGCUCGAACAUCUGGAGAAAGGAAACAUCAUAUUCUACCAAGAAGACCUGGAGCAGUGUGGUCUUGAUGUCACUGAGCCCUCUGUGUACUCAGUACUUUGUACAGAGAUCUUCAAAAGAGAGUGUGUAAUCUUCAAGAAAACAGUUUACUGCUUUGUUCAUCUGAGCAUUCAGGAGUUUGUGGCUGCAGUCUACAUGUUCCACUGUCACACCAGCAGAAACACAGAGGUACUGAAUGCUUUCCUGGGAAAUUGGUGUGAUGAAGGUGAUGAUGAUUAUGCUGUUGACGAUGAUAAUGAUGGUGAUGAUGAGAGGGAUAAUGACUAUUACCCAUCCCUGGAUGUCCUCCUGAUGAGCAACAUGGAGAAAUCUCUUGAAAGUAAAAAUGGUCACCUGGACCUGUUUGUUCGCUUCCUUCAUGGACUCUCUCUGGAGUCCAACCAGAGACUAUUUGGAGGCUUGCUGGGUCAAACAGACAACCAUCCAGAGAUCAUCCAGAGAGCCAUCAACAACCUGAAGAAGAAGAGGACCAGUAACUCGCCUGACAGAAGCAUCAACAUCUUCCACUGUCUGAUGGAGAUGAACGACCACUCAGUACAUCAGGAGAUCCAAGAGAUCCUGAAGUCAGAGAACAGAUCAGAGAAAAAACUCUCUGGGAUUCACUGCUCAGCUUUGGCCUACAUGCUGCAGAUGUCAGAGGAGGUUCUGGAUGAGUUGGACCUGCAGAAGUACAACACAACAGUGGAGGGACGACAGAGACUGAUUCCAGCCGUGAGGAACUGCAGAAAGGCUCUGUUGGGGGGCUGCAGGUUAACAGAGAUCAGCUGUGCUUCUCUGGCCUCAGCUCUGAUGUCCAAACCCUCCCAUCUGACAGAACUGGACCUGAGUGACAACAAGCUGCAGGAUUCAGGAGUGAAGCUGCUGUCUGCUGGACUGGAGAGUGCAGACUGUAGACUGGAGACUCUGAGGUUGGGUUUCUGCAGUUUGUCAGAGAUCAGCUGUGCUUCUCUGGCCUCAGCUCUGAAGUCCAACCCCUCCCAUCUGACCGAACUGGACCUGAGAGGAAAUGACCUGCAGGAUCCAGGAGUGGAGCUGCUGUCUGCUGGACUGGAGAAUCCAGACUGUAGACUGAAGACUCUGAGGUUGAGGCGCUGCAGUUUGUCAAAGAUCAGCUGUGCUUUUCUGGUCUCAGCUCUGAUGUCCAACCCCUCCCAUCUGACAGAACUGGACCUGAGCUUCAACGAGCUGCAGGAUCCAGGAGUGAAGAUGCUGUCUGUUGGACUGGAGAGUCCAGACUGUAGACUGAAGACUCUGAGGUUGAGGCGCUGCAGUUUGUCAGAGAGCAGCUGUGGUUCUCUGGCCUCAGCUCUGAAGUCCAACCCCUCCCAUCUGACAGAACUGGACCUGAGUGACAACUACAACCUGCAGGAUUCAGGAGUGAAGCUGCUGUCUGCUGGACUGGAGAAUCCAGACUGUAGACUGGAGACUCUGAGGUUGGGUUUCUGCAGUUUGUCAGAGAUCAGCUGUGCUUCUCUGGCCUCAGCUCUGAAGUCCAACCCCUCCCAUCUGAAAGAACUGGACCUGAGAGGAAACGACCUCCAGGAUUCAGGAGUGAAGCUGCUGUCUGAUCUGGUGGAGAGUCCAGACUGGAGACUGCAGACUUUGAGAUUGAAGUGAUCUCUGUCAGAGUGUGAGACAAUCAGCUGUGUCCUGAUGAUCCAGAGAGGUUGAAGCAGCAGCAGCAGCUUGUGGGUGGAGAGGCUCUGACUGGGCCAUGUUACUGGGAGGUAGAGUGGAGAGGAGAGCUUCAUCCAGCAUUGACUGACAGAGGAAUCACAACAAUUGGAGAUAUUAGUGUCAGUGCUGCAGUGUGAACUGCUCUGAGAUCAGCUCCACUGUCAGACACAGUGUCAGGUCCAGCAUCCUCCCUGUGUGUUGCUGUGGAUGUGACAGAGUAUCAUCAGUGUAUCUGGACUGCUGUGCUGUUGCUCUGUCCUUCUACACUGUCUCUGCAGGCACUCCUCCACUCCUUCUGCUCCUCCUCUGUCGGCUCUCUGUGUUUCAGCUUGACGGAUAUUUGGGUCAUAUUCCUAUACUUUGAUAAGUUUGAUUACACACAUAUAUUCUGCUAAUAGUUAGAUUACAUGCAUAUGCUUACGUUAAUGAUAGUUGGAUCCUGAUAUGUUGAUCUUAUUCAUAUUUUCUGCUGAUGGAUUGUGUGACUGAACAAUCAACAGAAAUUCUUCUUCUACUUGGUAAGGUUUUCCUGUAUUAUUCAUAGAAGUGAUUUAGACGAAGAGUGAUUCUUUGUGUGCAAAAUAUAUCUAAGGCCAGUGUGACCUAGAACAGGAGGUUUUGAGAUAGAGGCCUGGCAUGGGAGACAUCUUGGAGGGCUCGACUUAAGCUGAAAAGAAAAGGGAUAAAACUGGAUGGUGUCAGGGAUAAGGGUAUCUUACCGAGCAGAGGACACAUCGCUGGCGCCGACAGCAAUGAGGAAGGGAGAGAGAGUGCCCAGAGCCAAUGAGAAGGAGCCAACGAUUGUUUCAGCAUUUCCUCAUGUUCUGUCUAUAAAACACUGGGUCAGGGAGAGGUAGUGUGUCAGACUUCGUGAACUGACCCAUCUCUGUUGUGGAUCAGGGAAAGGUUAAGUCGAGACCCAGAGC